AUGUUCACUAUAAGGGAAGGCCGGAAAGAGGACUGUCGGCAAUUGGUGGACAUGUUUGCCGCGAUGGACGCACAUCUAAAGUCAACCGCCGAUCCCGACACCAAAUGGACGGACGAUCCGAACGUUUGUGUCCAACAGUUAGAAGAGGACGGCUUCUGUGUCGAAGAAUCGCAGCGACGGUUCCGCAUAUUUGUGGCCCAAUCGGUGGCCGAUCCGCAGACACUCGUCGGUUACGUAUUCUAUUUCCCGAAGUACUCGAGGAAAGGGAGGGGUGUGUGGAUGGAGAGCAUGUAUGUGAAGAGGGAGUGCAGGGGAACGGGUGCCGGAGUGGCACUCAUGGCCGCAGUGGCCAACAGAGCGCUGACCGACGGCUGUCAGCGCUUUGAGUGGAGCUGUCGUGAGUAUAAUCACGGAUCGAUGGCUUUCUACAAGAAGUUGGAACCGAUUGAUGUCACACAUGACGAUCAGGACAUUGUCUUUAGACUCAACGCACCUAAGAUGAGACAAUUGGCCGCCAGAGCGGACCUAUCAUAA